UAAGUGUUUUAACAAAAAAAUGCAGUUUUACAAUGACUGAGCUAAGAAUGAGUGAAAAGGCAGCAAAUGUCCAAAGGACCUUCAGAAAGUCUGGCUCUGGAAAUGUAAAGAAACAAAGGGUGACUCAAACUUUUUCACUAUAUUGUAAUAUGUAAUAUGCUUAGAAAUAUUGCCUCCUAAGAGACCUACUAAAUAUAAAGGUUUUCUCUGACUUCCAUUUUGCUUGAGUAGUUUUCCAUAAUUGCUUACCAUGUCGGUAAAUGUUGUAUACACACCCUUGUGUUUAGAAAUGCAAAACACUCCCUUAUUUGGUCCCUCUAAAAUAAGUACAUAUGUUUGUUGAUUAGGAAAUUAUGCUUUAAAAAAUCUAAUUCAUCUUUAAACUAUAUUUUUAUAUUAAACCUGUAGCAGGAUUUUGUUGAAAGGUGAGUUAGAAAAAAAGCUUCUCUUUUUGUCGUGCCUGCGAACAGCUGACUACCACGAGCAGGUCACGUGACAAACACGGAAGCCCAGUAUCGGUAAACGAAGUUAAAACGAAAAGAGUACACAAUUAUGGAGGCUUGAGUGAACUCUCCGUGCCUACAACGAGAUCUAAACUAUGCUGCUGCAUGUGCGCCUCUCUGGCUGGGCCUGCUGGUGUUUGUUUUCCGGUGUUUUCUCGGUAUUUUCUCUGCAGCAGCGUCUCACUGUGAACCUGAACGGCAAAUGGAGGCUGUCAAACUCCAACGGUUCAUUGUUACUGCCUGCACAGGUCCCAGGCUGUGUCCACUCAGCUCUGCAGCAGCAGGGAUACAUCACGGACCCGUAUUUCAGGUUCAACGAUGUCUCUUAUCGAUGGAUUGCGCUCGACAACUGGACAUACACAACCACAUUUACAUUGUCUGCUGAGCUGAGCGUCAAGCAGAAGGUGCUUCUUGUGUUUGAUGGCGUGGACACCGUUGGGUCGGUUUCACUCAAUGGGAUUGCUGUUGGAAAGACCAACAACAUGUUUUGUCGACAUGACUUUUCUGGCUACAAGAAGACAGUGUUCGAGUGGGUGUAA